UUUAAAGAAGACGAGGGAGUCACAAACUCUUAAUUGACGGCCAGCUGUGUCCGCUGAAGGCAUGAUGCUGUCUAACGCCAACACUCUGCCGAAGCUGUAUCUGUCCGUCAUCGAGGAUGUGAUUGAGAGCAUCAGAGAGCUGUUUAUUGAUGAAGGAGUGGAGGAACGAGUGCUGGACAACCUCCGACAGCUCUGGGAGUCAAAGGUCAUUCAGUCUAAGGCUGUGGAGGGUUUCAUGAAAGACAGCAAUCCAUCCAAUUUUGUUCUGCAGCUUCCAGCGAACUACUCCCAGAGUCUCCAUAAACCCACCGUUGUCAUUCCAGCAGCUCCGAAUGUGCCGAGUUUCUCCUCCAAAGCAGGCAGCUGUGGCUCUGUGGCGACGUUCUCUCUGCCGGCUGGAAUCACGUAUCCGGUGCAGAUUCCUGCAGGCGUCACGCUGCAGACGGCCUCAGGGCAUUUCUAUAAGGUGAAUGUUCCUGUGAUGGUGACACGAGGAGCUCAGCAUGUGCUGAACCCGCUGUCUCACCCGGCGGCUGUGGCCCGCAGCAGCGCUCUGACCCAUCUGUCUGAGCCGGCUCCAGCAGCCUCGGUGUGUGAGACACCGCCGAACCGUCAGAUCACAGACGCAGCCUCGCUGUCCGCCUCUGACACUCCGGGCGAGUUCACGCUGGACGGCAUCGAGUUCAGCCCGCAGCUCGGAGACAUGAGCACUCCACCGGCUCAGGCUCUGUGCUCCGAUCACAGCAGUCAGCUGAACGACACCAGCUUCAGAGAGCAGUCCACUGCCCUUCCAGACCCACAGACAGAAGCUGCUCCUGACAUCAAGCUUGAGACAGAGCUGCAGACUGACCUCCAGUUCAACCAGCUGCUGGACAUCACACAGCUGGACGGAGUCGCUGACAGCAGCUCAGACACGGAGGAGGAAGAUGAUGACGAUGAUGAUGAUGACCUGGGGCUCGUUGGAGAGAAGGAGUUUCUGGGAAUGAUCACUGCCAAUGAAGAGGAGGAGCUGGAAGAGGAAGAGGAUCCGCUGAACUCUGGAGAUGACGUAAGCGAACAGGACAUCCCAGAGAUCUUUGACACCGAGAACAUCAUUGUGUGCCAGUAUGACAAGAUUCACCGUAGCAAAAACCGCUGGAAGUUCUACUUGAAAGAUGGAGUCAUGUGUUAUGGAGGGAAAGACUAUGUUUUCUCAAAGGCUGUGGGGGAGGCAGAGUGGUGACACACAUACUGCUUUACAAGUAUUUAUCUAAUCUUGCAUGCCAAUUAUAAUUUACAUCAUCUUAUGAUUGCAUUUGUAUUUCUUCAUAUGAGUUUGUGAUUGUAUUCUGAUACAGAAAAUAAUGUUGGUGCUUACUGAGUUAAAAAUAUAUAUUGAUAGAAUAAAAGUAAAAGAGAUGUAGUUUUUCAUCAUAUAAGGUUCCUUAUGUUUUUUGGUUAAGCUUGAAACUUUAAGCUGAGACAUUUUUGUUUAUUCUAAAACAAACAUUAAAAUGCUGAUUCCA